CGGCGAGCAAGUAAGGUGCGAACACUGUGACUGAGAAUACAUUUUCCCCCCAUUAUUUUUGUAUGAAUACCGAGUAGCAUAGAAUCAACGACCCCUCGUCCCCGAUUCCAGAAGACAAAUUUGACGAAGUAGUCAUAUGUAUGCAUUAUGAUUCAAAAACAAAGAAAAAUACAAAGUUAUCAGCUUUCCAUAGAAACCAAAUAAACUAUCAGCUUUCCUAACGAGCACGCAGUGUUAACGGCACUCAGUGACGAAGCGAAUCGGCGCAAGAACACGCAGAACACGAUAAUUCACCAUGCCGCUACGGACAAAGAUGAAGAACAAAAACUCGUCCGCCUUCCUGCUGGUGGCACUGAACAUGCGGGAUCGGGACCGAAUUUUCGUGCAGUCGGUGAAAAUUGUUUCUUCCAAAAGUGCUGGCACUAGUGCAACAACCGCCGAUGCUGAUUUGCCGUCCGGGACCGGCGAGUCGAAGCAAAACAAAGAUUCUAGUGUGGAUCCAACUGCACCUGGGACCGCGUUCCUCUUUUUCCCCACCAGUUCCCUCUGGCCGCACGAGUUCUUGAGCAGCUGGUUUUCUUCUGGCGAGCACGCUGUUCAAGCGCGCGACCAGAAUCUGCUUCACGAGGGGCCUGGCAGCAGUGCCAGCAGCAGCAGCAGCAGUACGUUUUUGGAAACGAAGCAAAAGCAAAUCAAGUACGGGAAUCUCCGCGGCUCCAGGAACAGGGCUCUUGGGCGGGGAGUAACUGCAACUGGGACGGAGCUCGUGGUUGCUGGCACUAGCUACUUCGCCCGCCGCAAUAUGGAAGUGAAAACUUCUAGAGAUUUUAACCAUCAACAUCACAAGCAUAACCCGGCUGCACUUGUUCUACUUUAUUGCUCUUGCUAUAUACGAGAACUAUUUCCAUUCCAACAAGCGAAAAAGGAAAGCAAAUAGGAUGCAGAGCCAGUAAAUCCACGUUGCUUCAUCUGCCGUGGAUCGUGCGGAAAGAGCAAGCACACAACGAGCAAACGCACAAUUUUUUUAUUUUGCACCGGGCUUGGCUGUGUUUGUAAUUGUAUUUCGAUUUUUGGUCUCUAAUCGACGACGCCUGUCUGUUCCAAGCAUAUCGAGCAAUUCUCAGCGCAACAAGCAUGCUUCGCUUGUCAUGCAGAACAAGGUCUGAAAAAUAGAGAGCGCAGUUGCAAAUUGCAGCAAUGGGAUAUGAUUGUGAUGUGGUCUGUUACUUUUUCCUUUGGAUGACUAGCCGUAGCCGCCGACGGACGAGGACCAGUUGA